AUUGAGUGUAGCACACAACAAUGUUUUUUUUCCCGCUGCUAGCGAGUUACGCUAAUCUUCAACGGCCAUCGGAACUGAAGGACAGUAACAAGGAGCCAACAUGUCCUCUGAGGAGGAGACUUCCUCAUCUCCUCGUCCUUCACCUUCAUCUCACUUCAUCGGGAAGAGGGACGACAUCAUCGGACGCGGCCGCGUGACCAAGCUAGUGAACGGGUGCCGAGACGUGCUGGUCAUCCACCACCAGGGGGAGUUCCACGCCAUGGACAUGCGUUGUUACCAUGCGGGUGGUGCAUUAGCGCAUGGAGACAUUGAGGAGUUCAACGGCCGGGCGUGUAUCGUAUGUCCGUGGCACAAGUACAAGAUAACGCUGGCGGAAGGCGAAGGGCUGUAUCAGGCCGUGGACAACCCGACGGUCAAACCCCUGAGGACACGCUGGCGCUCCAAAGGCGUCAAGCAGAGGGUCCACAAGGUCACCUUGGUGGACAAGGACGUGUACGUCACGCUGAACGACUCCCAGGAGGCCGUGGAGUCGGAUUACUACCAGACGGAGCGAUACAGGACUAACUUAUGCAAGGUUCAGGCCAAAAAAGUCCACUGACGGACAAUGUGUCUUGGAUGUGUCACUUACAGUGUUGGGACUAACGUGUUACUGUAACUCCAUUAUUUUUGGCGGUAACGAAUAGUCUAACGCGUUAUUUUUUAUAUUCAGUAACUCAGUUACCGUUACUACAUGAUGCGUUACUGCGUUAUUUUACGUUAUUUUUUACAUAGUAUCGGCUAGAAAUCUGAGUGUUUUAUUGGAGAGUUGCAGUGUCAUCCUUCUGAUUCUUCCUGUGUCAAGCCGGAGACGAGAGAGGCGCGCCGUGCGUGUCUGUGUUUACUAACAAGGCAUCAUGGCGGAGCCGAAGCCGAGUUUCUUAACAUGGAGAUAUUCUCACUACUUUUCUUUUGUCGAGCACAAAGAAAACAACAUUUUAGUUAAAUGUUAAGUUGUGUCUUGGAUCAAACAUCCCAUCUACUGCCCAAAACAGCAAUUCAAAUCUGCUGAAACAGCUACAAAAGCAACAUGCUUCGACGAAGCUAGUAAAGAGCGACACACUUCACCUAUGUGAUGUUUUAUUCCCAAGAGUCGUGAAUAAAAGUACAGUUAGCAGCCCCCCUGGUGCUGUUUUGUACUGUUUUUGUACUUUGAUUAUUAUUUUCAACUGUUUGUAAAUUUUGGAAUUUAUAAAUAAAGUUUGUGUCUUGGAUCAAACAUCCCAUCUACUGCCCAAAACAGCCAUUCAAAUCUGCUGAAACAGCUACAAAAGCAACAAGCUUCGACGAAGCUAGUAAAGAGCGACACACUUCACCUAUGUGAUGU